UCCUUGCUGUCCUGGUCCCGCCCCUGCCAAGAGCUCCUGCCGGAAGAUGGCGGCGGCCGCGGAGUUGAAGCUGCUGGAGAAGUCCCUGGGACUGAGUAAAGGGAACAAAUACAGCGCUCAGGGCGAGCGCCAGAUUCCAGUUCUUCAAACAAACAACGGUCCAAGUCUAACAGGACUGACUACUAUAGCAGCCCAUCUUGUCAAGCAGGCCAACAAAGAAUAUUUGCUUGGGAGCACUGCAGAAGAAAAAGCAGUAGUUCAGCAGUGGUUGGAGUACAGGGUAACUCGAGUGGAUGGGCACUCCAGUAAAGACGAUGUCCGCACUCUGUUGAAGGAUCUUAAUUCGUAUCUUGAAGAUAAAGUCUACCUUACAGGAUAUAACUUUACCUUAGCAGAUAUCCUGUUGUACUAUGGACUCCAUCGCUUUAUAGUUGACCUGACAGUUCAAGAAAAGGAAAAAUAUCUUAAUGUGUCUCGCUGGUUUUGUCACAUUCAGCAUUACCCAGGGAUCAGGCAACAUCUGUCCACUGUUGUCUUCAUCAAGAACAGACUAUAUACUAAUUCCCACUAGAAGCUGUCCAUGACAUACAGAAGCGUGGUCACAAAUAUUUUAAAUGGAAAGUAUAUUCCGGACCAGAGGACUAACGUAAAUUGAUACGCAGUCAUUCUUUGUUUGCUGAGGUUGAUAGAAUAAACUUAUAUCCGAA